GAGUAUCUUAAAUGUCCUCAUUUGAGUUGAUACAUUUAUAUUAAGUGGUAAAAUAAAAUGAAUACAUCGUAAUAAAUAAUUUAUAAUGAAGAUAUAUUUAAUUUCAUUGUUGUUGCUUUGUGAAAGUGUUUUUAUUAAUUCACUAGCAGCUAAAAAAAUAUCAAAUUGUGAUAAAUUAACAUAUCCGGGUUUUAAAAUUUGUAAUUUAUCAAAUAAAACAAUUUUUAUUGAACAUACAAAGUCUGUAAAUAAUCUAACAAUAUUGAAUAACGAGAUUGACACAAUUGCAUCAAAAAUAUUUACUAAAUUUUCACCGGAAAAUUUUUAUUUUCAAUUGUUUGAUAGAGGAACAGUGUACAUUCGAAACAUAAGUCGUUUGAAUGGUUCAAAUAAAUUAUUGUUCUACGGUAUGUGUAUGGAUUGGAGAUUAACUUUAAAUAAUUCAUUAGCUUAUGUAAAUCCAGUAGAUCUUAUUAAAAAUAACGAUGUGAUAAUUGAUGGAAGUGAAGAUCUACUUAUGAAAAUUAAAUCUUCAAAAAAUACAAAUAUGAUUGGAUCAGUUCUUGUUCAAAACAACUUUAAAAAAAUUAAUUUGAUGAAUGGAUUAUGCAAUACUUUACCAAAAAUUCAAACACUUACUAUACGAAAUUAUAAUUCUACUUCGAUAGAACCAAUCGAUUUUGAUUUAUACAAAAAUAUUAUUAUGAUGGAAAUUUAUUUACACAAAGUAGAGAGUCUACCUUCAAACAUAUUCAAUCAAUUUAAACAUUUACAAAAAUUAUUUAUCACAAGUCCAAAAGUAACAUCACUUCCCAAAGAUAUUUUUAACAAUGUCAAAUUGUUGAUAGAACUUUCAGCUGAUAUGUCAUUGACGAGUCUUGAAUCAGGAAUUUUUGAUGGACUUUAUCAUCUCAAAAAAUUGACUCUAUUUGACAAUGAAUUGGAAUCAUUGCCAAAUGAAAUUUUUAAAGAUCUUUAUAAUCUUGAAUUUUUGGAAUUAAUACACGGUGAAAUUUGGUCUCUUGAGGCAAAUGGUUUUAGUAAUUUAAAUAAGCUAAAAUACUUGGAUUUAUCGAGAAAUAGACUAACACAAUUAUCUAAAAAUAUUUUUAACGGAUUAAAUGAAUUGGAAGACUUGCGUAUAAGAUGGAAUGGAUUAAGAACAAUUGAGUCAAGUGUAUUCAAUGGAUUACAUAAAUUAAAAUCAUUAAAAAUUUCCUGUAAUCGUUUAGGAUCUGUGCCAAGAAGUUUAUUUGCUACACUUGAUGCUCUUCUUGUGUUGGAUCUAAAAUCAAACAGAUUAACUAACAUCAAUCCUGGUGUAUUUCAAAAUUUACAUAAUCUUGAGGUACUUGAUUUAAGCCAUAACAGACAAACACAUAUUGAUAUAAAUUUAUUUAGAAAUUUAAAAAAACUACGAGUAUUAAAUCUUGGUUACAAUUCAUUGACCAUUAUUGGAGAAAAAUCUUUACAACAUCUGGAGUAUCUGCAAAAGUUGUAUUUGAAUAACAAUGAAAUCAGUGUCAUUGAAUUUAAUGCUUUACCAGUUAAAUCGGUGAAACAUCUUAAUUUAAAAAGCAACGAGUUGACACAUGAUAGCCUUGGAAAAAUUAAAGAAUUGACAAAACUUGAAACAGUGAAUUUACGUUCAAACAAAUUUUCAACUCUUCCAGAUGGUAUAUUUCGGAGUUGUAAAAAAAUGAAAAAUGUUUAUAUUUAAAAUAUAAAUAAUACAGAGAAAAUUGAACUUGAUUCAUUGGAUAAAAUUAAAAUAUUCAUCUUGAUAUUUACUUCAGUUAAAUUAUUUUAUAGUUAAUUUUAUUUAUUAAUUGUAAAUACAUGAAAAUUUAUUUUAAAUAAUUAUUUAUUUG